AAAAAUAACAACAUUUUUUGGGAGGUAUAGCCCAUAGUGAGCAGUGUAGGUCCAGUUUUCUGCUCUAUCUGUUUCAGUGUAGUUCCUGGUGUACAGAUAUCCGGGCAGAGUGAGAGCUCUUCACUUUUAAAUUCAGAUGCUAAUGUCUGCGCAUGCGCGACUAAAUAUAUUUGCGUGUCACGACUGCGCAGAGAUUGCGCCGUUAACUCAUUAUUUUAGGCUUUCUAAUAAUCAUUUUUUAGAUAUUUCACAAAUAUGUAUUCUCAGUAUUAUUCACAACUAAAUAUCUGUAUUUAACGUUACAUGUUGAAACAGAAAUAGAGAAGAUUAACCUCACUGCGUACCUUUUUUCCGUGAUGUCAGAGGUGAACUACAACUCCCAUGAGCCCUUGUGAUCAGGAAGGAGUGCGAUCUCAGAUUCAGACGUGUUCAACUGAAACAGGAGUUUGUGUUGAAGCUGAAGACCUCCGACUGAACACUAACUGCUAAUUAUUUUUUUGCCAAAAUGCGUUUAUCGGAGUGACACGUUUCCCAGCAGGUUUUCUUCAGCAGUAAACCAACAUGGGUCCUUUUGCUGCCAUUGUUCUGGUUUUUGUCGGCUGCUGCAGCAAUGUGGUGUCUCUGGAGCUGCUUGUAAGAGAGUUCCCAGGAUGUGGCAACAUCGUCACCUUCGCCCAGUUUGUGUUCAUCGCACUGGAAGGCUUCAUCUUUGAAACAAACUUUGGGAGGAAGAAACCAGCAAUCCCUGUAAGCAACUAUGUGAUCAUGGUGACGAUGUUCUUCACUGUCAGCGUGAUCAACAACUACGCUCUCAAUUUCAACAUCGCCAUGCCACUACACAUGAUCUUCAGAUCUGGAUCACUAAUCGCUAACAUGAUCCUGGGCAUCAUCAUCCUGAAGAAAAGGUAUUCAGCAAGCAAAUAUCUGUCUAUAGCUCUAAUUUCAGCCGGCAUCUUCAUCUGCACCAUCAUGUCUGCCAGACAAGUGAAUGUGGCCACCGAAGGAUCAGAAGAACAAGGCUUUUAUGCCUUCAUGCACUGGCUUAUAGGUAUCGCCAUGUUGACGUUUGCUCUGCUGAUGUCUGCGAGGAUGGGUAUUUUCCAGGAGACGCUGUACAAGGAGUAUGGAAAACACUCCAAAGAGGCUCUUUUUUAUAAUCACUGCCUGCCUCUGCCGGGCUUCCUGCUGCUCGCCACAGACAUCUACAACCACUGUGUCCACUUCAGUCAGAGCACCCCUGUAGUCAUUCCCGUGAUCGGCGCGACCAUGCCGAUAAUGUGGCUCUACCUGCUGAUCAACGUCAUCACACAGUACGUGUGCAUCCGCGGCGUGUUCAUCCUGACCACAGAGUGCGCCUCGCUGACGGUCACUCUGGUGGUGACCCUGAGAAAGUUCCUCAGCCUCAUUUUCUCCAUCCUUUACUUCCGGAACCCCUUCACGGCGUGGCACUGGGUGGGCACGGCAGUAGUCUUCCUGGGCACGCUGCUGUACACGGAGGUGUGGAGCAGCGUGCAGGCGGCUCUGCGUCGACCCGACGACAAGGAGAAGAAGGCAGAGUGAAGGAUGCAGGAAUGGAAGAAGAUCACUGUGUCGGUCAUGGACUUAAGAGAUUUGUUUUUGGUCGACUAUCAUGCAGCGAUUUUUAUACUGACACGUCUUUUAGUUUUCAUAUUUGACCGUUUAUAAUAUUAUUAGAUUAGACCCCUCACACACACACACACACACACACACACACACACACACAUACACAAGUUAGAGAUAAAGCUGGCAUAUAAUAUAUUUUUUUAUUAUCAACAAAUCCCAUGAAAAGACCAAAACAGCUGUGCUUCAGUCCGUCUCUCAGGACUUUCUGACUUCACCAGCCUGUGAUGUAAAUCCUUAAAAAUAGCAAAUACAGCUGAGCACUGUAGUUUUUAGCAAAUGUUACUCAAACAGUCGUAAAUUGUAUGUGUGUGUUUUUUUUUAUUUUCAGCCGCGGAUUUAAAGCACUACUGAGUAUUUACAAUAGCAGGACAUAAUGUGGCAUUGACUCAAAAUAAACUACAGAGCCCACGUUAGGGUUUUUUUUUGUCCUUUCAUGGGAUUUGUCUCUAAUAAGAAAAAUAAAUAUACACCAACCUUGUCCUCUAACAUUAGUACCUCAUUAGGAUUCAUAUAUGCAGAAUCAUGGUGCAACUCUCUUUUGUUUGUUUUUGUUCUUUUCAGUAUUUAUUUUUUAGAAGUGAACAACUGAUUUUCUCCAUAUUAACUCUCAUUUUAACAUCAGUAGCAUUACACACGACACAAUACUGUGAUGUUAAAUGGACAAACAUACAUUAAACAUUGAUUAAAGAGCAGCUGCAAUCAGGAUCUUUGAGAUACAGACUGAGGUAAUUUAUCAUUUAGUAUCGCUGUAUUUUUUUAAAAAUUCAUGUGUCCUCGUCAGAUUGUCUCAGGUGUUUUGUUCAGUACAAUAAAUCUUUACACUCA